CUGACCGUUCAACCCCGUUCUGAGUCCAUCGCAGGCUGACAAUCCUCGUCCCCGGUGAUUGAUUCAUUGAUUGCUCGCUUGAAUGUUGACUUGCCUUGGUUGCCUUGGUUGGUAUUCAGCUGCCUCAUCCCCAUUCCACUCAAAUAUCACGGACAGUCUCGCCCGAGGUGAGUACAAGAGCGUGUGCUUCCACUGGUUUUCCACUGCUCUACUCUGGGACCUAUGCUCCGGGGGGACAGACCGGCACGGACGAGAUUGCUCGUGAAUGUAAGGGAGAAGUGAGCAGAGCCUGUCUAUACAGGUGCAGAACGUCACAGGAAUCAGAGUUUGAGAAUUUUCUGAUCCACAGAGAUGGCGGCCAGCAUCGCUACAGCAGCUGGAGCGUGUGUGAAAAGUGCGGGUCCGUGCCCGUCCGCGCAUGCAAGGCCUGUCUCACGUCUUUCCAGCUCUCAGCUGGAGUCUGUGACUCUCGGUCGAUCAGGCGGAGGAGCUCAGAGUUACAAUGGUCUUGUACACAAAGUCCUUGACCUUGCGGGUGGCAGCCGCGUAUCUGCCAAGAGUAUUGCAUGCCAUCCUCCUCAUAAGAUCGGAGAGACAACAGCCAGCAGCACGAAUUCAUCAAAUGACAAGAUCGCCGUUCAACCUGCCGCUGCGAAAGCAGAGUACUUGGCAGAAAAACCAGCGACCCCGAUUCUCGACACUGUAAACUACCCGAUUCAUAUGACGAACUUGACUCUGCCGGAGCUGAAUCAGCUGGCGGAUGAGCUGCGCGCAGAGAUGAUCUUUUCUGUUGCAAACACCGGAGGCCAUUUGGGUUCCGGACUCGGUGUCGUCGAGCUGACGGUGGCUAUGCACCACGUCUUCAAUGCUCCUGAGGACAGAAUUCUUUGGGAUGUUGGUCAUCAGACUUACCCUCACAAGAUUCUAACCGGACGUCGAGCGAGAAUGAACACUCUAAGACAAACUUCUGGACUUGCUGGUUUCACUAAAAGAAGCGAGAGUGAGUACGAUCCCUUCGGUGCAGGUCACAGCUCCACAACCAUCUCUGCUGGCCUCGGGAUGGCCGUCGGAAGAGAUUUCCUGGGAAGAAACAACAGUGUCGUUGCUGUAAUUGGAGAUGGUGCGAUGACAGCCGGCCAAGCCUACGAGGCUAUGAACAAUGCGGGCUACCUGGACUCCAACCUCAUCGUCAUCCUUAAUGACAACAAGCAAGUAUCGCUGCCCACGGCUACUCUUGAUGGCCCCGCACCUCCCGUUGGCGCCUUGAGCUCCGCUCUCUCCAAGAUGCAGUCCAGCAAAAAGUUCCGCCAGUUGAGGGAAGUGGCCAAAGGAGUCACCAAGCAGAUUGGAGGCCAAGCCUACGAAAUUGCAGCCAAAGUUGACGAGUUUGCAAGAGGCAUGACCGGGGCAAACGGAUCCACUCUCUUUGAAGAACUCGGGAUGUAUUACAUCGGUCCAGUCGAUGGACACAACAUCUCGGACCUGGUCACCAUUCUGAAAAAUGUCAAAGCAGCCCCCGCUGCUGGCCCUGUUCUGAUUCACGUAGUAACGGAAAAGGGCCGGGGCUAUCCGUAUGCAGAACGCGCUGCUGAUAAAUACCACGGUGUUGUUAAGUUCGACCCGCCGACGGGCAAGCAACACAAAGUGCCGGCAUCGACCUUGUCCUACACGCAGUACUUUGCAGAGUCUCUGAUUGCUGAGGCAGAGGAAGACUCUAAGAUCGUUGCAAUUCAUGCGGCCAUGGGAGGUGGCACUGGACUCAAUUUCUUCCAGAAGCGCUUCCCGGAGCGAACUUUCGAUGUGGGGAUCGCCGAGCAGCAUGCCGUGACGUUCGCUGCAGGGUUAGCCACCGAGGGACUGAAGCCCGUCUGCGCCAUUUACUCCACAUUCUUACAGAGGGGGUACGAUCAGGUUGUGCAUGAUGUGGAUCUACAGAAGCUGCCUGUGAGAUUUGCCAUGGAUAGGGCCGGACUUGUGGGAGCAGACGGGCCCACACAUUGCGGAGCUUUUGACGUGACCUACAUGGCUUGCCUUCCGAACAUGGUGGUCAUGGCACCCAGUGACGAGGCUGAGCUCAUGCACAUGGUAGCCACAUCCAUCGCCAUCGAUGACCGUCCGAGCUGCUUCCGGUUUCCUCGUGGAAACGGAGUUGGCGUCCCGUUGCCAGCCAGGAACAAGGGAACGGUGUUGGAGAUCGGCAAAGGUAGGAUUCUGCGAGAAGGCAAAGACGUCGCCAUCCUCGGGUUUGGGACCAUCGUCCAAAAUUGCCUCGAAGCCCAGAAAUUGCUCUCGGAGCGGGGCAUCUCCGCAACUGUGGCCGACGCCCGAUUCUGUAAGCCUCUGGACGCAGAACUUAUCAGAAGACUGGUCAAGGAGCACGAGAUUCUCAUCACUGUCGAAGAGGGUGCCAUCGGAGGGUUCAGCGCCCAUGUUGCCAACUUCCUGGCUCUUGAAGGCCUGCUUGACUCCGGGCUCAAGUGGAGACCCAUGGUGCUGCCGGACAGGUACAUCGACCAUGGAUCACCCAAGGACCAAAUGGAAGAAGCUGGACUUACAGGGUAUCACAUAGCAGCCACUGUGCUGACAGUGAUGGGCAAGGCACGUGAAACUUUGACAUUAUCAAAGUAGAGACGGUGAUUCAAUGUUAACUAGCAGUAGAGCACGAGAGGGUAGCCGGAUCAGCAGAUAAAGCACUGCACAUGACGGUACGUCGAGAUGAGGUCUCGACGGAGGCCAGUGACCGUCGCAAUUCGUCGAGAUUUUGGAAAAGCCGCCAACCAGCCACCACGUUUUAUGACCGCUUAAGACCGGGGAUCGAAAAACUUAGAGGCUCAACUUUAUAGUGACCUGAUGUGUACAUUUGUACAAUGUUAUUACUUCUACCAAGUAUGUGUUAUCUCGAGUUCUCGGCUUUGAGAAUUUGCAUUCAAAAUU